AUGCUGGACUCGCUGACGUAUUUGUUUGAGAAACUUUUUCUCCUCUCCAAUUUCAACUUGUUCGGAAACAUAUGGCCAGAAGACGAGCACACAGCAAAAAACAACACACAGUCUCUGAAGAGAGGCGACCUUUUGGAGGUGGAACGUACGCUGUUUAUUCAUUUUGGCAUCUACCUGGGUGACAACAAAGUCGCGCAUUUGAUGCCUGAUAUUUUGCCCGCGCUAACUCGCAACGAAAAACGCAUUAAAAAGGUUGUGACGAAUAAGAGACUUAUCUUAGGUUGCAUUUACAAAAACGCCAGUAUCCGCGUUGAUACGGUUGAAGAUUUCGCAUACGGAGCAAAGAUCUUCGUCAACAAAAUGGACACGAGGGUGAAAAUGCAUGCGCUCUCGAACGAGGAGGUUGCCAGAAGAGCGGAGAAACUCAUAGGUGCCAUCCCGUACAGCUUGCUGUGGAAUAACUGCGAACAUUUUGUGACCUACUGCAGAUACGGCUCACCUGUCAGUCAGCAGACGGAAAAGUUCUGUAGCUGCCUGAAGUCAGUAGUUCAGGAUCAAAGAAGUGUCCUGCUCUCCAUCCUGCUGGGAGUGAUGUCCAUUUUAUGCUUUGGUUUGGUGCCUUCAACUACACUUCCCACAAUCCUCAUCCCCUUCAUGCUGUGGAUGGCCGGCUGAAAAGACUCACCUACACUCCUGCAUCAGACACGCCCAAACACAACACAGUGGCAGAGGGGACCAGAAACGUCACUGUGUCAGGAAACUUGUCUUCCUACGCAUGUAGUAGUCUGCUCUCAGAGGAAACGGUGCUUAUCAAGGCAGCAUUUCAGUUUUCUGACUGUGAGAACACCUUGUGCCUUACUCCUUACCCCAUAUAAGCAAUAACCUACCUUAACAACCUUUUUUUGACUGAUAUAUGCCUUAAUGUCAACAGGUAUACCCCAUCAUGUAACGUAGAGGCUUACUGUCUUACCCUUCAGAGCUGGUGCAAUAGCUUAUAUAAUACAGAGAGAGAGAGAGAGAGAGAGAGAUUUGUUAAUCGCAAGCGAGACAAUGCUUCUGGAAGCAAUGGUUAUUACACACUUAUAAACUUUCAUUAUUAAAUAAUUCCAUACUCAUAUUCUUACAGAUAGCUGAUAAAGUAAAUGAAUAUCCAUGAUUUUCUCCUCUGUACAGAUAAUAAGCGUGUCAGAAAAUGUUUUUUUAAUGUGUAGAUACUGUGCUUGAGAGUAUUGUAAAAAAAAGUUAG